AACUUUACGAUCAGUUUUCAUAUGUUGAAUGUGCACGUUAGGGAACGUCAUCCACUCUAUGCAGCAUCUACCACUGCAGUGAGAGUUGCCUUGCGUUUCUUUACUUUACACCCCUGACGGACACAUACAACAUGAAAGAUACAGAGCGUUCCUUAAUAACAUACUUUUAAUCUUUGGGUUUUGGGGAAAGGAGCAAGUCUUAUCAAGUCAAAAGGCUCAAGUCCAAGUGAAGUCACGAGUCAUUGAUGUCCAAGUCCAAGUCGAGUUGCAAGUCUCUUUACAUUUUGUCAAGUCGAGUCUAAAGUCAUCAAAUUCAUGACUCGAGUCUGACUCGAGUCCAAGUCAUGUGACUCGAGUCCACACCUCUGCUACUUUCCGACGGCAAACAUCAGGUGACAGUUGGAGUGAACUAUCCCUUUAACAAUGGAUUGUAUUAAGUGGGCGUGGACCCUGUAAAAAGGUAUUGUCAACUUAAGAUCUGGAGGGAGCUGAGUAUUUCUACAGCAGAAUCGAGUCAGUGAGUAAAGCUCUGCUCUUCAUGGCCAAAGGAUCCUUAUCCUCCUCUUCCUCCUGAGUGGUGAUCAUGUUGCCUCCACUGCGUCCUACCUGCAUUAUUCUCAUCCUUAUUAGUGUGUUGUGGAUCGGACCUGGAGGCGCAGGGCGCUACGAGCCGAACUGGAAGAGUCUGGAUGCCAGACCCCUGCCCGGGUGGUACGACGAGGGCAAGAUCGGGAUCUUCGUGCACUGGGGGGUCUUCUCGGUCCCCGGCUACGGCCAGUUCAGCGAGUGGCUCUGGUACUGGUGGAGGCAUGACAAGCGCGCAGAUGUGGUGGAGUUCAUGAAGAGAAACUACCCACCGGACUUCAAAUACGCGCAUUUUGCGGACAAGUUCCACGCGGAGUUCUUCGAUCCGAACGCGUGGGCAGAUAUAUUCAAAGCAUCCGGAGCCAGGUAUAUUGUCUUCACAUCCAAACACCAUGAGGGAUUCACGAACUGGCCUUCAGAAACCUCCUGGAACUGGAACUCGAUGGACGUCGGUCCUCACAGGGACCUGGUGGGAGAACUGGCUGCUGCUGUCAAGAAGAGAUCCCUGCGCUUGGGUCUCUACCAUUCCAUGUACGAGUGGUAUAAUCCCCUUUGGUUGUCGGAUAAAGCCUCCGGAUUCAAGACUCAAAAUUUUGUGGCCAUGAAGACUCUCCCGGAGCUCAGGUACCUUGUGGAGACAUACAGACCAGAUCUGAUCUGGUCAGAUGGGGACUGGGAGGCACCAGAUACCUACUGGAACUCCACACAGUUUCUAGCCUGGCUCUAUAAUGACAGCCCAGUCAAGGAUGAGGUGGUUACCAAUGACCGGUGGGGUGCUGGCUGCUACUGCAAACAUGGAGGCUACUACAACUGUGCUGACAGGUACAGCCCAAGUAAACUCCCAGACCACAAGUGGGAGAAAUGUCAGUCCAUCGACACCCGUUCCUGGGGAUAUAGAAGAGACAUGAAGUUCACAGAACUCAUGGACCUGCCCUCCAUCAUAAAGGACAUGGUGGCGGUGGUAGCAAUGGGAGGCAACUACCUAUUGAACAUUGGGCCCAUGGCAGAUGGAAUGAUCGCCCCAGUAUUCGAGGAGCGGCUGAGGGGACUCGGUGCCUGGUUGCAGAUAAACGGGGAUGCCAUCUAUGCUUCCACUUUCUGGAGGAACCAGACGGAGAACAACACGGUCGAAGUUUGGUACACUACCAAAAACAGCACAGUUUAUGCCAUACUGCUGGGUUGGCCCUCCAACCAACUAUUUCACCUAACAACGCCUAAGACAUCUGCAUCAACCACCGUGACACUCCUGGACUAUCCCGACAUGGAACUGAAGUGGAAGCAAGUGACGGCAACAGAGGGACUGAUGAUUCUCAUGCCUCUGAUGCCACCGUCUCAUGGAAAUGCCUGGACUCUGAAGCUGGAGGGUGUAGCCUGACAUAUUUGUUGUGUCAAGUUGCAUAUCUGUCACACUGAUGUUUACUAAAUCUAAUACUCGUGUAUAGAUGAAAUCAUCAGUAAGUUUUAAUGUAGCUGUCCAAAUUUGUAAAUUUUUUAAAACUUUAUUCAUACGUUUUUUCAGUAAUCAAACAUACAAACAUGCUUCACUGUUUUAAUACGUUGUGUGAAUCUUAUUGUCACAGCACAGACCGCUAAUAGGCCGAUAGGCACCACAAUCCAGUGGGUCUUUAUCUUUCUUUGGUAUUACUGAAGUGAGUGCAUGUGUCAUUGUUUCAGGUAAUUUUUGUUUUAUCAGUAUUUCUUCAUAUACUGAGCUUAAGACGGGGGAUAGCUUUGACUCUAGUCCUGCCGCAGUGCAUCAAAUAAAUUGCUUGAGAAAUUUCCUGGGACGUUAUAGCAGCCUCAGAGCUGGCUUGGGCUUCUGGGUCAGUUUCUGGAUUGAUGAUUUUUAUCAAGGAAAGGAUUAAUCUUCGGAGACGUCUACAACAGAUUCUGAAGGGUAUCGAUUAUUAUAAAUAAUAAAUAAUUUUUGGUUGUGUAGAAGUCAUACCAGGUGCCAAACGGAUCUUAGGAAUAGCUUUAGUAGCCACUAAUAUUUGAAGUUGGUGUGUCUACCUGCUUUGUCGCCAUGUUCAUACAUUUUCGGCCUACACUUAUAUAAAAGUUGGUAUUCAGUAUAUCUCGUGCAAAUGUGGUAAAAGUUGUUGUUCCUCUUGUCCAUUUCUGCUUUUUGGGUGGUCAGUUCUGAAAGAGUGUGCAUUUUCUCCUCUCAAAUGCAGAAUAAGAAAUCAUUUGUCCCCUAAGGUAGGCUUUAUGGGAUUCCCAGAUUGUAGUUAAUGACGUAUCGUGGGUUGAGUUCAUAACUUAGUAGGAAUCAAUCUGAUCGUUUAUAAAAUUGGUGAAUUUAUCGUUGGACAGUAACAAUGGGUCUAGCUGCCAGGUACGCUGCGGUGUUAAAUUGUUGGGAAAACACACGUCAAACAAAGUCAGGAUAUAGUCUGAAAAUAACAAUGAUGUGAUACUGACAAUUUGGGAGGGGUCCAUCAACAAGCAACAACAAAAGUUUGUAUAACUUGAUGACUGACAAAAGAAUCAUUGCCGACUUAGAAAUUGCAUUAUCGCAAAACUUGUAUUUUUGAUCAUCUCAAUUUAUGAGCUUAAUUUUUACAUGAAUGUAUUAAUUUACAAAUGUAAUGUGCAUAAUUGUAGGGCUUACUGAACAAAACAUUUUAUGGCCCACUUCUAUUGCAUGAACAGUAUUGGACUUUGUGUAUGACUUUGUGUAUGAUUUCAUGCCAUGUUUCAUGAUAUUGAUUCCCUUUUCAUUGUUGAAUGUACUUCUCAUUAAACAUUUAAAUGUGAA